GGUAUUUUCCCGUUUUCAGGCGUUUGUGAAGUGAAUCUCAGUAUUAUCGUAACGUGUGAACAAACACAAAAUGGCCGAAGUUGACUCUGCGAGCGUCGUUGGCGAGAAGGUGGAAGUCACCAAAAAUGCGGAAGAAUCACCUGUGAAAAAAAUUGCAGCUGAUGAAAUCGAAUCAAAGCUUGAAAAGAACGGUACCAAUGAGGACGCCUCCAAAGAAAACGGUUCAACUGAAAAUGGUGCCAAAGAUUCUGAGAAUCAUAAGAACGGCGAAGAAGCUGAGCAGAAUGGAAAAGCUGAGGAAAGUCACGAAGAGAAAGUCGAUGAUGCAAGUAAUCCUGAACCUGAAGCUGAAAAAAGCGAGGAUGAUGGAGCCCCACCUACGAAGGUCGCCAAAAUAGCAGAAGAUGACGCGGUCAAGCCGACGGAACAAGCUGAGGCAACCGAAGGCUAAGAGACCGAGAUUCCGAAACUCGACGGAUCUAAUUUUUACUCUUAUUUGCAAGCAUAAGGUUGCUGAUACGAAAACAUUCGCAUUUUCGUUCAAGUGCUGAUCUCUCUUUUUUCACUUGGCUUCGGUGUGAAAGCCCAUCGUGUUGCAGCUUUUUUUCCGCAGUCUUUAGCAGAAUUGUGUCGAUUCAAUUAAAGAUUGAAGUGCUGUGUCUUUUGUAGAUCCGGUUCCGAGUACACGUCGAAAUUUCCUUGAAAA